GGCUGUUUCAAACUCGUCCGGGCAGCUCCACUCAGGCUUCUCCGUGCGGUCAAGCUAUGAAAUAGGACCUUCCUCGACAAUUGGCGCAUCAUGGCGCUGGAGACAUCCAGCGGAUAUGUUGCUCCCAGCAACCUCACCGAGCCUUCUCCGGACGCCGCUCUCUCCAUGUUUGAUGUCCGACAUGUGCAGUUGCAGUUUCCGCUGGCUGCGGACUUUGUCGCAGCGCAGGUCGCUAACAAUGUGUUGAUCCUGGCGCUAUCAACAGGACGCAUACUGCGCAUCGAUCUAGAUACCCCCGAAGACAUCGAUGAUAUCGACCUCCCCAAAAAAUCCUCGGAGAUAGGCGUCAUCCGCCGAAUGUUUCUGGACCCUUCUGCGUCUCAUCUAAUCGUUACCACCACCCUCGGCGAAAAUUACUACCUCCAUACUCAGUCCAGGCAACCCAAGCCACUUUCGCGACUGAAGGGCGUUUCGAUCGAGAGUGUCGCAUGGAACCCUUCUCUCCCGACGGCUUCGACAAGAGAGAUACUUCUGGGAACAACGGAUGGCCAGAUCUGGGAGGCCUACAUUGAACCUUCGACUGAAUUCUACCGUCGCGAAGAGAGGUAUGCGCAUGUUAUCUACAAAGCGCCAGAUGCUUCUCCGGUGACGGGAAUUUGGGCGGAGGCAAUCCCCUCCAAGCCUGAGCUGAGACGAGUGCUAAUUGCGACUCACGGCCAGCUACUGUGUUUCUCGGGACGGACAGGAAGAUACGGGAGAGAAGGGGGAAGUCCCAUCUAUGCGGACCUAUUCCAACGUGAAGCACCUGUGGUCCAUGAGAUCCAGAAGCCCUCUGGCGCCGCACCGUCGACGCUGGCUAUUUCACCCAUUGUUCCCGAGGGCCAGACUGUGAGUGGACAACCGGAGAAUGAGUUUGCAUGGCUCAGUUCACAAGGUAUCUAUCAUGGACAACUCCCGUACUCGACGCAGAAACUCACCCAGCCAUUCGAAAGCUCGAACAUGCUGCCACGGUCGAUGUUUCCGGCCAGUGAAUCUUCGCGAGGUGGCAAGAAGCUCAUACAGGAUCCAAUAACUGCCAUGACGUUAUCCCAGUGGCACAUUCUAGCCCUUGUCGAAGGAAGGGUUAUCGCUGUCAAUCGGAUGAAUGAGGAAAUUGUCUACGAUGAAGUAGUACUUGAACCGGGCCAAAGUGCUUUGGGUCUUUUGACGGACGCGAUGCAGCACACCUACUGGCUGUUUACCAGCCAGGAGAUCUUCGAGAUCGCUGUCGAGGACGAGGAUAGAGACGUUUGGAAGGUCUUCUUGCAGAAACAGAUGUUCGACGAGGCUCUGCAGUACGCCCGUACCACGGCGCAAAAGGAUGCCGUUUCCACCGCUUCAGGUGACUUCCUCGCCAGCAAGGGUCGUUACCUCGAGGCGGCUAAUGUCUGGGGUAAGAGCAGUAAAGGGUUUGAAGAGGUCUGCCUGACACUGAUCAACCGGGGCGAGCAUGAUGCCCUGCGAAAGUACCUUCUUGGCCAGCUUUCGACGUACAAAAAGUCCUCAUCGAUGCAGAGGAUAAUGGUUGCCAGCUGGCUUGUCGAGGUAUUCAUGACAAAGUUGAACUCGCUCGACGACAACAUCGCCACCAGAGCUGAACUGGCGGAGGGAACAAGCACGGAGGAGGUCAAGGAUGAGCUGGGCAGUGUGCGGGCCGAGUUCCAGGAGUUUGUCACCAAAUACCGCGCCGACUUGGACAAGAAGACCGCGUACAACCUCAUCAGUAGCCAUGGCCGGGAGGAGGAGCUGCUUUUCUUUGCCACGGCGGUCAAUGACCACAGCUAUGUGCUGUCCUAUUGGAUCCAGCGGGAGAAAUGGUCCGAGGCGCUCAAUGUUCUGCAAAGACAGAGCGAACCCGACGUUUUCUACAAGUAUAGCAGCGUCCUCAUGACUCAUGCUGCAGCGGGACUCGUCGACAUCUUGAUGCGGCAGACCAACCUUGAGCCGGAGAAACUGAUUCCUGCGUUGCUGAACUACAAUAAGACGGUUAAUGUUCCCCUUGGGCAGAACCAGGCUGUGCGCUACCUGAACUUCAUCAUUGUCAACCACCCGAAACCGUCGGCGGCGGUACAUAAUACCCUGAUAUCAAUCCACGCAUCAAGUACGUCGUCCUCAGAGGCAGGGCUUCUCACCUACCUUCAGUCACAACCGUCGUCGCCGCCCCCGUACGAUGCCGACUUCGCCCUCCGUCUUUGUAUUCAACACCAGCGCGUGCAAUCAUGCGUCCACAUCUACAGCGCCAUGGGACAAUAUCUCCAGGCGGUGGAGCUGGCUCUGCAGCAUGACGAUAUCGAGCUGGCCGCCAUUGUGGCCGACCGACCGGAAGGGAACGACAAGCUCCGGAAGAAGCUCUGGCUCCUUGUUGCGGAGAAGAAGAUCCGCCAGCCUGGAACGGGCAUCAAAGACGCAAUUGAGUUCUUGCGACGAUGCGAAUUGCUCCGCAUCGAGGAUCUCAUCCCGUUCUUCCCAGACUUCGUCGUCAUCGACGACUUCAAAGACGAGAUAUGCAGUGCGCUGGAGGACUACUCCCGGCAUAUCGAUGCUUUGCGGCAAGAGAUGGAUAACUCGGCCCAUACGGCACGUCAGAUCCGGACGGAAAUCGCGGCCCUGGACACGCGGUAUGCCAUUGUUGAGCCCGGGGAGAAGUGCUGGCUCUGCUCGUUGCCAGUGCUCAGCCGGCAGUUCUUCGUCUUCCCGUGCCAGCAUGCCUUUCACAGCGACUGUCUGGGCAAGGAGGUGCUGGAUGGUGCCGGUGGCAAGAAGAAGUACAUCCGCGACCUGCAAGCGCAGCUGAACAAGGGGACGGUAGGAGCAUCGCGACGAGAGGAGAUUGUGCGGGAACUGGACGGACUAAUCGCAGAGGCCUGUGUGCUCUGCGGCGACCAUGCAAUCAAGCAGAUCGACAAGCCGUUUGUUUCGGAGGCAGACGGGGCCGAUGAAUGGGCAUUGUAGUUUGGCAUGUUAACUCAGCAUACUUACGUGCAUGUCUUUUUUCCCGGUAGCUAAGUAUGUACUCUGGUCGUACGAUAUGGCGCCUUGCAUUAUCAGCGUGAACGAAUCAUUUCUCUUGCUUUGAUUGCCCGGUAUAUAAUAUGCAAUAUCAACAUGGACAUAGCCUUAGCUUAAUCCAAU